UCCAGUUCACAUUCUUCUCUUCAACUAUCAGUAUCCAUCAGAGUGAAUCUUUUCAUUUGGCAAUUGCAUUGUUCAUUAAUUAAAUAAAAAAUCCACAAAGUGCAGUAUUGCGACUCGAAAAUGUAAGUGAUUGGUUGAACGUUGAUAAGAGAUGCGACUCUUAGGAAGUUUUUGACCCAAAUAUUAUCUUUACACAGUUGUUAUCAGAAAAAAAAAUUAAAAAUUUUUAAUGAAAACAAUGAUUGAAAAGCUGUGUAUUUAAACAAACAUGAGUUAAAAUAGUAAAAAGUGAGACAAAAAUUUAGUUGACGAGUGAAUUUAGCAGGAAGCGGUUCUUGUCAUUCAGAAAAAAUUGUCGUAUCAAACAAAUACCGAAGAAGAAAAGAAAAGAGAGAAAGAUGACAGACGAAAGCGAUAUCUAUGUGCCAAAACGUGAACUUUCUACCUUGAACGAUGAUUCAGACUUUCGUCGCAUCAAAGAACUUAAGGAAACUUUCAAGGCAGAAUAUUUAACGGAACCAACUUUUGUCGUUCGAGUUCCUGGCAGAGUGAAUCUCAUUGGAGAGCAUAUCGAUUACUGUGGAUAUCCAGUUUUUCCGAUGGCUAUUCAACAAAGCAUUUUACUAGCUGUUUGUCCAUCAAAUGACAAUAUUUUGCAUUUGAAGAACACAAAUCCGAAAUAUCAUUCGUUCAAGACGAGUUUAAGUGAUUUUGUGAUUGACUUACCUGAGAAUGGAGCUCCAAACUGGUACAGCUAUUUCUUGUGUGGAGUCAAGGGAAUUUUAGAACAUCUGAAAGAGGAAGAAAAUUUGAUGAGUCAAACAGGUUUCAUGGUUGUAAUUAGUGGAAAUGUCCCUCCAUCAGCUGGAUUGUCAAGUUCAAGUGCUCUUGUAUCGGCAGCAGUUCUUGGUACAGCAUUUUUGCAUAAAGUCCCUUUGAAGAAACAAACUUUGGCGACAAUUGCUGCUAAAUGUGAACGAUAUAUUGGCACUCAAGGAGGCGGAAUGGAUCAAGCAAUUGCAUUUUUGGCGAAACAAGGAACAGCUCAGUAUAUUGAAUGGAAUCCAUUGAAAGCGACACCCGUGGAAUUACCGGCCAAUGCGAUAUUUGUCAUCGCCAAUAGCUUAUCGGAAGCUAACAAAGCAGCGUCGCAUCAUUUUAACCAAAGAGUCGUCGAAUGUCGAUUAGGAUGUCGAUUAAUCGCAAAAAAACUUAACUUGUCAUGGCGAGAAAUUACUCGUUUCGCAGAUUUACAAGCACUUCUUAAAUGUUCGUUGAACGAAAUGAUUCAAUAUGCCGAAAAAUUUCUCACUGAAAAAUCCUACAAUGUCAAUGAACUACUCUCAAUUUUUGAAAUAACUGAAGAAGAUUUCCAUAAAAAUCUCCUUUCACACAAUACACAACACUUACAAGACUUUAAACUGCGUCAACGUGCCUUGCAUGUCCUCCAAGAAGCACAACGAGUAGAAAAAUUCCGUGAAGCAGCAGUUAAUGGAUCUUCAAUUGAAAUUCUUGCCAAGUUAAUGAAUGAGUCUCAUGAUAGUUUAGAUGAUUUGUACGAAUGUUCCAACUCGAAUCUUAAUGAACUGGUCACUAUCGGGCGUUCUACUGAAUCUGGUAUUCGACUAACAGGAGCAGGUUUUGGUGGAUGUGUUGUUGCUUUAUGUGAUUCGAUCGCCAAAUGUGAGAAAUUUAUGACUGCAGCUAAGGAGAAAUAUUUCAAAAAAUUAUUAGAAAAUGGAAAGUUGAAAGAAGAGGAAUUAGAAAAUGUACUUUUUAUGACGAGUCCGCAACGAGGAGCAGAAAUUUUGAUGCUUUAAUAAAAGUUA